GUUUUUGGUCUUCCUACUGAACACAUCUCCCAGUACUGAUACCAAGUCCCAGCGUUUCUGAAUGCUCUGUACCACCAAAAGAUGAUAUUUUGAAGGUGAAUUCUCCUGAAAAUGAAGUCUAUGACUGUAACCUAUGCCAUCUAGUAUCAUUGAGAUACGAAUACCUAGAUAUUAUACCAUAGAUAUUAAUACUCAGUAUUUAGCUUGUCCAACUAUACAUCAAUAUAGUGCAAUUUUUCAACUGUAAUUCAACUAUACAAUAUUGAUAAUCAAUUUUCAAUGGAAAAAUUGCGAAGCCAAUGUUAUUAUAAAGAAUAAAUUUAAUUCCUCUCACACAUCAUCAUAUAUGGUUUAUCGAGUUCAUGAGAGUAUAGAUAAAUAAUAAAGAAAUAUUGAUAUAGAAAUAAUUCAUAACGUUACGGUUUAAUAGGCUACAUUGAUCACUAAAUAUCAUUUUAGUUUAAACAGAAAACCAUACAGCCCAAUUUUUAUUGAUUCAUUAUUCAUAGUGGGUACAAGUCAUUUUACAAAAUGAAAAAUGAAGGCUUUUACAACUACAGAACUAAAUUUUUCGAUUACUAGGUAAGAAUAGAGAUAAUUGCAUACAUAAUAUGAAGGAGGUAUACAUUUUAUGUGGAUUAAUUGAAGAGUAGAAUUGUAUAUUCUCGGCAAGCAAAUUGGAGCAUCCAACAAUCUCAAACUGAUAGCUUUAUUUCAUUGAAAGUGGAAUGUAAGGAAAGAAAGCACUGAAAAUUAUAGAGGAGAGAACCGAGAAGCUUAAAAAGGGAAGAUUUCCAAGUGUUUAAACAGUAUUCAACAGUGUUUUAACGUUUCCAAUCAAUAUAUUAUAACACGGUGCGAGUAGGGUUUGCUAGCAAGUAUCAUAAUUGAAUCACAGUUCAAUUUUCAAUCAAAGUUCAAGAUUUCAGACCCACAGCAAAGCAGAGAAGCUACAGUAUAGGAAAACGAAUUCGUAGUGGUCGACUUUAUCCAUGCGCACAAUCACCCGCGGGCGUCACUGAGUCACGUGACCGGUUAGUGGUGGGGGAAGAGUUUGUUGUCAGCGGCGAGCAAUAUCCACAACAUUUCCACGCGGUUCGCUUCAGUUGUUGUUUGAAAAUGUCAGCAGGUGGUGAUUGGGUUCUGAGUGCUCUCGUGUAAGUUCAGUCUGUAGUUUAGUGCGAGUGUGUGAGUGUGGGGAAUGAGAAGUCAUGGUGCCCCAAACAGGCGAAGUGGAGCCCAAUAGUGGGUUGCCCUUGUUCGGAUCUCAACUAGUGGAUAAAAAUUCUACAACACCAUAUUCUGAUGCUACUCAGACUAAGAAGAAUAAUCCGAACCACAUCAAGAGGCCAAUGAAUGCUUUCAUGGUCUGGUCACAGAUUGAACGGCGCAAGAUAUGUGAGCAGCAGCCCGAUAUGCACAAUGCUGAGAUCUCAAAAAGGCUGGGAAGGAGAUGGAAGACGCUGACGGAGGAGGAGAGACAACCGUUCAUCGAGGAGGCGGAGAGAUUAAGAUUGAUGCACCUGCAGGAGUACCCCGACUACAAAUACAGGCCGAGGAAGAAGGCGGUCAAGCCUCCACCAAAGGCAGCGACUAUUAGGCCUAAGAAAGUGAAGAAAUCGUGUUUGACAGCAAGUGGUCUGCUGCAGAGGAAUGACAGUAACAACAACAGCGAAGUGAGAAGUAGUAAGAGUGAGGUGGUGCGACGAGGCCUGUUGUCGAUAUCGCCAGUCGUCGACGGUCACAGCAAACUGAAGGUGCGAUUGUCGGUGGAUCGCAAGAAGGAGAUGGUGCGACCCACGCUAAGGCAGGUCUACACGCCUCCACCGUCGAUUGUCCACGCCAAAGUGCCGUCCAGCCCGUCCUGCGACACACCCGACUCGCCAGAGAGUGCCACCUUCUACGAGGAUGUCGUCCACGCGUCGUCCGACGUCAAGCCGAUGCUCGAGAUCAUCACGAGGAUCGAUCAUCCGGUAGAACGAAGACAGAUGUCGACGGCCAAGUCGGAGCUGGUCGAUCUGCCCAUCCUGACGAUAAAGAGUGAGCAGUCGGAGCCCGUGGAGUUGGAAGUGAAGCAGGAGCCGAUGGAGUGUGAGUCAGAGCUGGCCGCCACCGGGGGCGAGACGGGAGCACCCGGCCUGGCUGACCUCGACUCACUCACCGACCUCUUCCCCUGCCCCUCCGACAUGAGGAUGGACCUCGACGCCCUCGCCACCUCCGGACUCGAGUUCAGCAGUGCGCUGCCUCUGCCUCCCUGCUCCGGCUCGCACUUUGAAUUCUCCUGCUCAGACAUGCUGUCCGACAUGGGCGUCGUUGUUCCUGGUGAAUGGGUCGACUCCACCUUUGCCAGCCUCAUCGACUGUUAGUUGCUGCUGCUAUUCCAUCACACACAAACUCAUCAGUGCAGCAAACAACUGUUCGACUUUGCGCUAGUGAGCUCUCUCAAUAAAAACACGGUGUCAUUUCAAAAAAUAUUCGAUGUGUAGUUUACAUUAGACUUGAAAAACAGUGCCGGUAAUCAUCGAUUUGUUACUUGCUAUAUUAUAAGCUCACACUGUUCCUGUUGAACGAUUAUUGACAUUUGAUAUUCAUUCAGAUAGUAUCAUGUUUUUAUCAACCGCAUUGGAUGUAAUGUUAAAGUUAGGGCAGCAAAUAGUAAGAUUUUAGUUAUAUAUUUUCAAAAAUCAGUAGACUUAGAUGAUGUUGAUGAUGCUGAUGAUAGUGGCAUGUUAUUUAUCGGGAACAAUGUUCAAUCAAUUAACUAUUCUGGUCCGAAUUAAGGGCAUGCAUCUCGUAUUUACGGUUCAUGUCUCAAGUUUGUAAGCUCUUGCGAGCGAUGAUCUCAUAUGUCGGUCCUUUCCUCCUCCUCCUCAUCCUACUCGACUCCCAACACCAUCGUCUCGUUUGUUCCCUCUUUAACAUCGGUUCUGUUUUGUGGAAUAUUUCAUUUACAAUUUCCGGUGCAUCUUCACCAAGCAUCAUGUUCAAUCUGCAGCUUAUUGAUCCAGUUCUCUGUUAUUCUCCUUUCAAUGCAACGACCACUAUCGAUUAUUCAUAGAUUUGACUGACCAAUCGGCGGUUUCGAGAAUAAACCCACGAAUACUUGCUGUUUGCCAGCCCCUAGGGCGUUAAAUUGACCAUGAUAAAUCUCCAGGGAAAAAUGCUACCAGGCUGUGAUAACAAUAUUUACUUCUACAUUGACCCAUGUAAGUUGGAAACAUCAGUUGUUCUUUUGCUCGAUCCAUCAAAAUCUUUCCAGCAGCAAAAAUUGCAGAAUAAAUCUCCGAUAUUGAUGUGCAAUAACAACUGUUAAAAGAUGGUUCUGAAUAUUAUUCGUGAAACAAGCGAAUAAUUAUGUAAACUCUAUUUAUAAUUUACCAUUUCUUAUGUUCGUUACUAGUCUAUAAUUUCAUAAUUUUGUAAGUCAUUGAUUUUUUCUAUACGGCAGAUGUUACAAUUUUUAUAUUUGAAUUUUAUAUGUGUACAGAAAGUUAUAACUGAUUAGUAUUUUGGAAUAACUCAAGACAUUUUAUUGCUCAAUUCAUAAUCUGAUAGCAUUGCUUCAAUACUUAGAAGUUCUGAAAUUAUGUAACAUUGCGUCUCUUAACCGCCCGAUCUAUUUUCUCACACAAUAAUUCACACUAUACUCUUCAAAUCCUUGGUCCAUUGUUGAAGCCUAUCUUGGACUUUUUCUCAUUCGUCCUAAUCUUUUGCAUUGUAAUUAUUCAUUUCAUUUAUCCGACCGUAUAUAAUAAGAAAUGCAAUACAGCACUUCAACGUCUUACCAUUUUGACUUUUCAUAUGAAAACACAAGCAAAAUUGAGAAUACGCUUAUAUAUAUUUGUGGCACUACUAUGCCAGUCGAUCUGAAUCAGUUCAGUUUAAAAUGGAGAUUAUUAUGGCUGACAAUUCAUACAAAUCCCUAUGAUCAUGUUUGCCAAAAUUCAGAGAAUUCCCACUGGAAUUCAAAACAGUAUGAUAAUGUCAAGUAGGCAGGCCUAGUUCUCGAAAUUUUGACUUGAUAACUAUUGAAAAUAAAUAUUGGAAAAAAAUAAUUAUUGUAACAAGCGAACCAAUCAAUGUUCACUUGAUUCACAAUAUCCAAUUCAGUAUUUCAUUGCAUGAUUUAUACAUUCACUAUGUUAAUAGUCAACAACCAGUCCAUUAGUGAACAACACUGCAUUUUCACGAAGGUGUGAAAAUUAUCGCUGUUCUAUUUAUUUGUAUGUGUUGUGAUGGUUUUCUGGGAAUUGAUAUAUUAUUCAUACGAUUAUGCAUAUACAUUUGUGUAGGGUUAGGUAUUGAAUUUAAAAAAUUAAAAUUAACAAGAGCUCUUGAAAACCAUGUAUAUUUUAUAUCACUUGAAGCCUUUUUGUUAUGUUGUUUGACCAUUUUAUUAUUAUUAUUGAAUAUAUAUAAAUACAAGUUUAUAAUUGAGAAAUUUUAAAAAUGUACAAAACUCAUGUAAUUUCUGUUUGUUAUGAUUAUAUCUUUAAAUAUUGCUAUAACAGAUUUAUAUUUUGUAAAAUUAGGACAUUGAGUAUCUCUUAACCCUAAAUUCUUUCAUUCUUGUACUUACUAUUCCCUACUAACUGUACCAUUAGCAUUUGGUAGAAAUGUAGUUUAUUCAACUAAAGUUAUUAAUGAAGCAAAACUGAUAGCAGUGUUGAUUUGUCUAAGUCAGGUUGUGUGUUCUCAAUGAACGCCUGUAAAAAUAAAGUACCAUGAUGAUUAGUAUUUAUAAAAGAUUCAAGUGUUGAUGGAUAAAAUCCGAAUGGUAUGAUGAAUAAUGAUGUAUUCUUCUAUCAUUCGCAUUUCUUCCAUGAGCAUUUUGUUCACAAAGCCAGUCCGAUAAUAAUUAAUAGAUAUAAUUACUAGUGUCUUGUAUUUGCUUUCUUUUGUCUAUUUUCUCAUAGAGUCCAGCUUCUUUCUUAGAGUAUAGUAGCCUGCGUUUUAUGAAAUGUCAAUAUUUUUGCAAAUAUGUGAGGGUAUAUAUGAAUGGAAAAGUAAGCAUGUAUUUCCUCAUUCUACAAGCAUUUUGUAUUAAAAGCCCAUGUAUAAUAUUCACUUUAUAUAAAUAGCUAUCGUAUUAUAAAAAAUGUAAAUUUUGUAUUGUAGUUUUGUUUAUACAUUAUGAGAAUAUUAUUAUUAUUAUUAUGGUGAAUAAACCAUCAUUUUUUAAAUAAAA